AUGUCGUUCGAACGUCCACUUCAACAUCACCAGCCAAUCAAAUGGCAUGUAGCCAUCUGUCAACCAGUCGAGUUCAUCCAUGAACAGUCCCAAAAGCAGCCAUCAGGGGACAGACAGAGCGUCUCUCGACUAAAAAGUCGAUACAAAUUCAAGUACAAAUCGGUUGGUCCCUGGCAGCAGCUGAACGUGUCGAUGGCAAAGGCACAAGCGUUUGCCCAUCGCGUCGUGGAGUUUGCAGGCUACGCGCAAUGCGUCAAGUUCUUUCUCGAGAAGGACAUUGAGUUCGAUCGACCUAAUGACAGCGGCUGGACCGUCCUCAUGAGCGUCUGUGCCUGCGGCCAUGACGAUCUCGUGGGGCUCUGUAUGGACCGGACAACUGCACUUGACUGUGCGACAACGACGAAUCGGACGACGGUGCUGCAUCUUUCAGCCAUGUCCAAGAAUACACAAGUGAUCGAAGCGCUAGCGGCGACUCCAGAACGGAAGCAGAAGCUGCAGAAGAUCAUGGACCAGGCCAAUGUACAUGGCGACACUGCGCUGAUGAUGGCGUGUGUCGCGAAGAACGUCCGGGCUGUGGAGCUACUUCUUGAGAUGGGGGCAAGCGUAAGCAUUGUCAACUCGAGUGGACUGACUGCUCUCAUGUGCGCUGCACGCGUCGGCAACGAUCCUCGCUCUGGGGCAGCGAACGUUGAGAAGAGGAUGGAGCAAAGUGCUCGGAUCGUGGACAUUCUGCUUGCGCACAAAGCAGAUGCCAAUGUCGUGGAGAAGGUGGAGGGUAACACGGCACUGCAUCUCGCCGUGCGGAGUACAAACUCCAGCGCAGUUGAGUCGCUUCUUGCCAAUGCACGAGAUCUUGACAUUGCAGUGCGAAACAAAGCGAAGGACACAGCCUUGGACUUGUGCAAGCGGAUGUCAGGGCCGGCAUCGGUGCAGAUGGAAGUCUUGCUGAGUGAAAAGUGGACUCAGCACGAGAAAGCGGCUGCCGAAAGAAGCGCCGAGAUGGAGCAAGAGCUCUUGUGCUUGGCACUGGCUGAUGCAGCAGGUGAAUCGACUGCUGUAGUCCAGAGUCGUAGGAAGAAGAACAAGACGAAAGCCAAGUCUUUCACCAGCAUCUUGUCAUCGGUAAGUGCUACAGCACAAGAGCUGGAGGACUGUCCAUCAAGGGUCAUGCGUGAAUCGCCUCCAUUGGAAACUGCCAGCAAGGAAACUGCUUUGCAACUCCAUUCAGCUCGAGUCGAUGAAAGCUUUGGAGAUGAUGACGGCACCUGGCAAUGUGUUGCUACGAAGAAAAGUCGCCGGAAGGAGACGGUCAACGGGAAAACUGAAGCCACACCGCCAAUGCAUCAGAGCAAAAGUCGUCCACACAAUUCCAUUCCAACGGACUUGACCUCCACGAAGAAUCUGCAGACAUUUCUCGAGUUCACCACGGUUCCUGUCGAGCAAGCGAGUUCGGAUCACACUGGAGUACCAGUCAUCACUUCAACAGUGGAAAAAGCUUCUUUAGCCAGUCAACCUGCAUCUCGUACGACAAAAGCAUCCACUGCUGCAUCCGAGGAUGCCAGCCAGGAAUCUACAUCGACUAUCUCCUACGAGAUGAUGAACAGGAGCUUUCACCGAACAUUUCCCGUUGCAGCUGAGUUAGAGAUCAACGUGGAGAAGUUCCUCAUUGCAUCUUCAAUCAGUGAUCACGAGCUCGAGCCCAAUGGCAGCUUGAGCAUCUCUCAAGUCGAAGCGUUACAGGAGUCCCAUUGGCAAGCGUAUCAUUAUCUCAAUGAGAAGAAGAUCGAAUUGACGCGAGUACUCGAAGCUCAGCGCGUCGAAGCUCAAUUUGCCUUGCAGCAUGAGCUUAUGCAGUGGAGGUGA